AUGGGAGAGCUUGGAGGCAGCAGCAGCGGGCAGCUGUGCAUCUUCGACCCGGCCUCCGGCGAGCUGUAUGCUUCCGUGUCCUCAGACAACCGCCUCAGGAUAUGGAACACGGCGUCGGGGGAUCUGAGGCAGCAGUAUGUGGAGCCUCGACAUCUCGCCAAGCAGUACACCUGCAUCGCAUGGCACCGGCGAUCUUCGAAGAAGUCUAAGCGGGGUAGCUCCGGGGCGUCGAAGCCUUCUUCUUCCCUUGGGAUGAUCGCGCUCGGAACGGACAAGGGGAGCGUGUCCGUGUGGGACCUAAAGCGUGGCGCUCUCGCGUACUCCCUGGGAGAGGGAGAGGGUUUCCCUUCGGUAACGUCGGGGGGGUUUUCCGCGGACGGCAGCAGCCUGUUCUCCGCCUCCAGCGGAAAGGAGGUGGUGGAGUGGAACGUGGAGACGGGGACUGUGGCGCGAAAGCUCAAGGGGUUCAAGCAUGGCGCGACGAAAAUCUGCCUUCAUCCCGCCGGCAAGAUCCUCGCCAUUGCUAGCUCGGCCAUUCGACUGCUAGACCUGACCACCGGCAAGACCGCCCGCAAGCUCUCGGCGGGCCACGCCGGUUCUGUCCGCCUGCUGUCCUUCUCAGCCGAUGGCCGCUACCUAGCGUCUUCCGCAUCCUCAGCAAGGUUCGCCAAUGUUUUCGACGUGGCGGCGAGCGAGGUCCCUCCCUCCGAGCCCGUGUGCACGCUGGGUUUCGCCGCUACGCCGGCAUUUUUGUCCCUUCACGCCGCUUCUUCCUCCGGAGGAGGGGGAGAUGUUUCGACCGACCAGGUUACCGUUGUGGCGGGUUUCGACACCGGAGGCGUGUCGGUGAUGAGGACCCGCCGCCAGACCGAUGGGAAAGGGGGUGCGGUGUCCAAGCUGGACAUCCGCGGGGCCGCCGGGGGGCCCUCCUCCUCCCCCGCUGCCCUGCACGGCCGCCUGAGCAGCGAGCGCCCCUCCUCUGCGAUCCUAUUGGCCACGGGUUCCGCCGCAUCCCCUGGCUUCGUGGAGGCGUCUUUCGAAGACGAAGCCGGUUCGUUGCUGUCGUCCUCGUCCGUCGCCACCGCCGGGGGGCACGCAGACGGGGAGGAGGACGAGGAGGGGACGGGAGACAAGGGGGGCCCCGCGCACGUUGUUGGUCCCGGGGAGCUCGGCAUCCGAGGGGUUGAGAAGGACUCCGUGGCAGGGGAGGGGGCGCGUGGUGACGAGAUGGAGGACGGGGGGGGGGGCGAGGGUGGUGACAGCAGGGCGCCCAAGCGAUUGAAGGCCGGGGGCGGGGAGGAGGAGGCCGGCAUGACCAUCGCGGAUAGGCUCGAGGUGGGGGCGGGGGGGGGGGAGGGGGGCGCCGUGCAGCCGAGGGCGGAGUCGCUCUCGACGGUACUCACGCAGGCGCUGCAAUCGGGGGACGAGAGUUUGCUGGAGCAGUGCCUUGACGUGGUCGACCAGGGCGUGAUCGAGGCAACGGUUGAGCGCCUGCCUUCUUCCAAGGUUCUGCAGUUCUUGCUCAGGGUGGUGGCCAAGCUGGAGAAGCGUCCCAACCGCGCGGCCUCCCUGGGGCGGUGGAUACGAGCCCUCCUGUCAUGCCACCUGGGUUACCUCGUUUCCGUCCCGGGUUUGCCGGAUAAGUUGGCGUUGUUGCACCAGCUGAUCGACCGCAGAGUCGCGUCCUUCCCCAAGCUGAUCCAGCUACACGGGAGGCUCGAUCUUCUUCUCGCCCGCGCUAAGGCUGAGAGCAGCAGGCGGGACGCGGCUGGGGCAAGGGCGAUGGACACGCCGGAGUCGGUGUACAGGGAAGAGGACGAAGAUGAGGAGGACGACGAUGCCGAGGAAGAGGAAGAAGGAGGGGGACCAGAAAGCGGAGAGGAAGAUGACGACGAUGAUAGCGGAGGGGACGAAGAGGAAGGAAGCGGAGACCAGCAAGACAUGGACGAAGAUGAUGAUGAUGAUGAUGACGACGACGAUGACGAUGACGAAUGAACAUCUUUACACAGAUAGAUGAUGUUACCGUUAGGCUGUCUUGUCGCGUUGUGGGAAGAUAAAUACGUGUUCCGGAGGGAAGCAGCCUUGCUGCUUACGUUGAAUUCGUGGUAGAGAGAGGCUAGCGAAAUUGGCGUGACCUGUCGUAGCAAGCUCGACGACGGAUGUAGAGUUUUCCUUCACCUUUGUCAGCAUUUUUGUUGCGGGCGUUCUUUCUGAAUAUGAUUUUGCAUGCGGGGAACACCCGUAGAGAGCUAUGACACCCGUCGAGAGACAUCGAAUUUUUCCUAUCUUUUCGUGCAUC